AUGUCGGUGUUUACUUGCAAAUUACAGGAUUUUUAGUGGGCAGGGGAAAAAAAUUGCAUGUAGCACCUUGGAGAGCGACUGAAAUCAUUUUCUCUGUAGUUUUGGUUAUUUUAACUCAUAGACAUAUUUUGCAUACGUUUGUACGUUGAUAUUUAAUAUUGUAUUAUUUGCUAAACACAAUUUAGUGCCAUUGAUUUUUUUCUACGUAUGGUAAAGAAAUGUGCUAUAUGCUCCUGUAGAUUUUUACAUCUUUUUCAAUGCACCUGCGAAAUAAGAUGUUUGGUUUUUUUUUGGAUUUUAGUUAGUGUAAACGUACUUCAAACGACAAUACAAAUUUAAACAACUCUUUUUAAUAUAACUACUCAAGUUCCCUCACAGUUAUAAAAUAUAUGCACCCUCAUAGUUUUUUCAUUGACCAUUCAUAAAACAUUCAGUCAAGGCUGCAAGGAAUAUUAAUGUGACUUUUUCCCUUAAAACGUUUUUGUGAUUUAGUCUAAUGGUUCAAUAAAAGCGAUGCAGACAAUUUUGAAGUUCUUUUUGAAAAAAAAAAAACGCUUGUCUUCUUAUUCUUAAGCAGAAAGUCAUUCAUAAUUUUCUCUGUUUAAAUAUAUCUCAUAUUUUCUUCUUAUUGUGUUUUCUUGAAUAGGUAAAAUUAUUCACAGAUUUAGACCUUAGACCUGUGUUUUAUGUUCAACGGUUUUUAUAUUAUAUUGUUCAAGUUUUUUGGAGUUAGAUGCGGCAUUUUAAAAUUGACCCUGGUCGUUUAGGUUUUCAUGAAACGUUUCUCUUAGAAAACUGUUUUCUAAAAAGCUUAAUUUAAUCAGAAUGUCUAAAUUUUUCAUUUAGAAGUUGUUUUUAGCAUUCCUGUUCUUUAUUACACGUUACAUUGAAUUUAAGAUCUUGCUGAUAGAAAUUCACGUUUUGCACUCUAAGCGACGCUGCAGAUCAACAAACCAUUUGGGUGUUAAGAGCCAGUGCCCCCCUCCCGCUGUGUUUUUUUUUCACAGUGCGGGCGUAUUUUUUACUAUCGGACAGCAGAAGAAGGCGGAAUAAGGAUUUUCACCGCAGUCUUUUUCCUCUAACGCAGCGCGAUCACCUUGCACAGCGGCUUGUGGAUGCACACUUAUUUUUCUUUUGAUGCUGAAAUGGAAAUCUGCUGUCUUUAUUCUCGCAAUGUAAGGUGUCGUUUUAUUUCCAUAUUCAAAUGGGAGCUUGGAUUCCUUUUUCUUCUCUCAUCGAUCGGUGGCCGCGUCUCCGGCCAUAUUCGCUAUUCUAUCCCAGAGGAGCUGAAAAUUGGUUCUGUUAUUGGCAACGUUGCCAAAGACCUCGGCCUGAAUGCAAGCAGGUUGCAUAUGGGCCGUGCCCGCAUUGUAAGCGGAGGAAACAUCCAGUACACCGAGCUGAAGGCAAACAAAGGGACUCUUGUCGUGAACGAGAGAAUAGACCGAGAGCAGCUCUGUGGUGACCUGACUCCGUGCAGCCUCAGUUUCGAAAUAAUUCUGGAGAAUCCGAUGGAACUUCAUCAAGUCACCGUUGAAAUAUUAGACAUAAACGACAACACUCCUUUCUUUCCUAAUCCAGUCAUCCGGUUUGAAACGAGCGAAUCUGCUACAGUCGGCUCCAAAUAUCCCAUCGAGAGCGCGGUUGAUCCUGACGUCGGACUAAAUGCUCUUCAAAAUUACGUUCUGUCUCCUAACAAUUAUUUUGUUUUAAAGCAGCACACGAAUCCAGAUGGUAGCAAAUACGCCGAAUUAGUGCUUCAGAGGCCACUAGACAGAGAAGAACAGCCCAGUCUUCUUUUAAAGGUGAUAGCUGCAGACGGUGGAACUCCGCAGAGAUCCGGUACAGUCAAUAUAAAUGUUCUGGUGUUGGAUGCAAAUGAUAAUGCUCCUGCAUUUAACCAGUCGGUGUAUAGAGCCACCAUAACGGAAAACUCUCAUAAAGGGACAUACGUUGCAACAGUAAACGCCACGGACGCAGAUGUUGGAGCAAACGGUGAAAUAAUGUUUUGCUUUUCUAAAAUUAAAGGCAGUGCAGUGGGUGCGUUUAAUAUCGAUGAAAGCACUGGCGUAAUAUCUGUGGCUGGAGACAUAGACUAUGAAAAAGAGAAGAAAUACGAGCUGAGAUUAGAAGCAAGAGACAGAGGAGGUUUGACAGGGACGAGUACAAUCAUAAUUGAUGUCAGUGACGUCAAUGACAAUGCUCCGGUCAUUACGAUCAUGUCAUAUUCCAGUGCAGUAUCAGAGGAUGCCCCUGUUGACACAACAAUAGCUAUAAUAAAUGUCAGAGAUGCAGAUUCAGAAAAAAAUGGGCAAGUCACGUGUGUUAUAGAAAAAUCCCUCCCGUUUAAAAUCGUAUCUUCAUUAACUAGCUAUUAUAAUUUGGUGUCAGACCGAAGUUUUGAUAGAGAACUGAUUGCUGAAUACAAAAUUAUCAUCAUAGCAAAAGACUCGGGCUCCCCUCCUCUCUCCAGCUCCGUCAUUUUAAAUGUAAAAAUAUCUGACAUAAAUGACAACCAACCUCUAUUCGAAAAGCAUUUCUACUCUGCUUAUGUCAUGGAAAACAAUUCUCCCGGCACGUCCAUUACCACCGUAAGGGCAAAAGAUGCAGACUGGAAACAAAAUGCAAAAAUUUCAUAUUUUCUUGUAGACACGCACAUAGGUGGAACUCCAGCUUCUCACUAUGUGUCUGUAAACUCGGAAACUGGAGAGUUAAAUGCAGUGCGCUCAUUUGAUUAUGAAACAUUAAAGGAAGUAGAACUCACUAUUAAAGCACAAGACGGAGGCUCUCCUCCACUCAGCAGCAACGUGUCAGUGAAAAUCCAGAUCCAGGAUCAGAACGAUAACCCGCCUCAGGUUCUGUAUCCGGUCCAGACUGCUGGCUCUGUGGUGGCUGAAAUGGUUCCUCGUUCAGCUGAUGUGGGCUACCUGGUGACUAAAGUGGUGGCUGUUGAUGUGGACUCUGGACAGAACGCCUGGCUCUCCUAUAAACUGCAGAAAGCCACAGACAGGGCGCUGUUUGAAGUGGGCUCACAGAAUGGAGAAAUCAGAACUGUCCGCCAAGUGACUGAGAAAGAUUUGCUCAAACAAAGACUGACUGUGAUCGUGGAGGAUAACGGGCAGCCGUCUCGUUCAGCUACAGUCAUUGUGAACGUGGCGGUGGCGGACAGCUUCCCUGAAGUGCUGUCGGAGUUCACUGACUUUCCACACGACAAGGAUUACAAUGACAACCUGACUUUUUACUUAGUGCUGGCUCUGGCUGUGGUUUCUUUCCUCUUCAUCACGUGUUUAGUGGUCAUCAUUUCCGUCAAAAUCUACAGAUGGAGACAGUCUCGCAUCCUGUAUCACUCCAGCCUCCCAGUGAUUCCAUAUUAUCCUCCACGUUACUCAGACACUUUGGGCACAGGGACUCUGCCACACACGUACAAUUACGAGGUGUGCAGGACCACUGACUCCAGAAAGAGUGACUGUAAGUUUGGCAGAGCUGGGAGUCAGAACGUGCUGAUAAUGGACCCCAGUUCUACAGGAACCAUGCAGCGGAUGCAGAGUGAGAAGAGCAUCCUGGAUGAACCAGACUCUCCUCUAGAGGUCAGUUGUUUUACUUUCAGUGACUUUGUCUCCGUAUCUGAAGCUCAGUUGUUCAGAUUGUUCUAGGUUUUCUAGCACCAUGGACAGCAACAGCGUGUCUUUACCUUUUGGGUGAAUAAACAGAAUACAUAACUUGCUUUUCCAAAAAUUCCUUAUAGUUAA